AUUUUCUCUAGCGAGCAGCUUAGCCGGAAGUCGUGUCCGCUUGCUGCUGUUGAAUGAAGCUUUUUGUUGAAUAGACAAUCUUCGCUCUGUACUGUGUGUGUGCUGCAGUCAGCUGGAGAGACAUGAUGGCUAACAGGUUAGCUCACCGGUUAGCCUCACCAUGACCUGACCGCAGAGCUGCAGGCUUCACCGCCCACUUCACCUGACCAGGUACCAGGUACAGCAUAGUGUGUAGGCGAGGAGGUGCCGGUGGCAUGCGUACGGGCAGCAGCUGGAGGUGGCAACUCUCCCGGGCCAUGAGACUGGCGCCGCGCUGGUGCAGGCUGUGCCGCACGCAGAGAGGAGGCCGAGGCAGCGGGGCGACCAAGCCGUGGAUCGGAGGAAGGGUUUUGGAGCUGUGGAGCUACGCCAAGCUGCUGCUCAAGUCGCUGUACUUCAACAGCCUCACCAACGCGGACACUAUGCUGGACUGUGCGUUUGAACCCGUCUACUGGAUCGUGGACAAUGUGACCCGCUGGUUUGGAGUGGUGUUUGUCUGUCUUGUCAUACUACUGACGACCACAGUUGUGAUCAUCAUCUACCUGUUCGUCCUACCCACAAUUCUCAGCACUUACCCUGUGUACCGGAUCGUCUGGCACCUCUGCUGUGGCCACUGGCUCCUUAUCAUGGUGGUCUUCCAUUACUACAAGGCCACCACCACCUCCCCGGGACACCCACCCAAGGCCAAAGUUCAAAUUCCCUCCGUGUCCAUCUGUAAGAAAUGCAUCACUCCAAAACCGGCCAGGACGCACCACUGCAGCAUCUGCAACACGUGUAUUUUGAAGAUGGACCACCACUGUCCCUGGUUGAACAACUGUGUGGGCCACUGCAACCACCGCUACUUCUUCUCCUUCUGCCUGUACAUGACCUUGGGCUGCAUCUACUGCAGCGUCAGCAGCAAGGACUUGUUUCUGGAGGCCUACAGUGCUAUAGAGAGGUACUAUCAGACCCCUCCUCCAACCGACGCCUACACAGAGACUACUGCUCAAAAGUGUAUCAUCUUCCUCUGGGUGCUGACCAGCUCGGUGACGGUAGCUCUCGGAGGACUCACCCUCUGGCACAGCAUACUCAUCAGCAGAGGAGAGACCAGCGUGGAGCGGCACAUCAACAACAGAGAGAUCAGAAGACUCAAGGAGAAGGGCAAGGUGUUCAAAAAUCCAUUUCAUCAUGGUCCAAUGAACAACUGGAAGAUACUGUUGGGUGUGGAGAAAAGGAGUCACUGGUUCACACGGGUCCUCUUGCCCUCCGGCCAUGUUCCCAGUGGGGACGGCAUCAUGUGGGACUGCACCUUCACCAGAAGAGACCCCAUGGCCAUCUGAUCCUCACCCCUUUUUCCUCCAAACCAUAU